AUCGGGACUGGACUGAUGCUCACAUCUGUGUACACUUGUGUACUAAAAACAUUGAAGUUCAGUAUCAAGACCAAGUUGUCUGGCUGUAAUUUAUCUCUUUCUAACUUAACUAUAACAUUUGUUUUACAGACUAAGAAAAGGAGGAAUAACGGUCGUGCCAAGAAGGGCCGAGGCCAUGUGCAGCCCAUCCGCUGCACCAAUUGUGCCCGCUGUGUCCCCAAGGACAAGGCUAUCAAGAAGUUUGUCAUCAGGAACAUCGUGGAGGCGGCGGCCGUAAGAGACAUCUCCGAAGCUAGUGUCUUUGACUCUUAUGUUCUGCCCAAACUCUAUGUGAAGCUGCACUACUGUGUCAGCUGUGCCAUCCAUAGUAAGGUGGUGAGGAACCGCUCUUGUGAGGCCAGGAAAGACCGUACUCCACCUCCCAGAUUCAGGCCUGCCGCUGGUGCACCAAGAGCUCCUCCUAAGCCCAUGUAAAGCAGAAUUUGAAGAUGCUGUAUACCUGAAGAAUAAAUUCAAGUCUUUGCAAAAACUUGAA